AACAGGCAGCUGCUUUCACCCAUCACACAGUCUCUUCGAGUAGAUCACCAAUAUUUGUUAUACCAGAAUCUGCAUCAUAUUCACAAUAUCAAAUUUCAAGUUUUCAACAAUCAAACAGAACACAAAUUUUAAAACGACAAGAACAAAACUGAAGUAAUUUACCUGCUUCCAUCUUUUCAAGCUCGGCGUACUGCUCCAUUUCAACCCUAAUGGGCUCCUUGAACAGUGGCUUACUUGUAGCCCUUAACCAAUCACUUGAGCAAACAAGUGCCUCAACCAUUUUAGGGGUCAAACUUGCUCUAAAUGGAUCAAGAAUCCUUUUUCCAAGACUGAAGGCGCUUUCACUAGCUACUGUUGAUGCAGGUACAGCCAUAACAUCUCUUGCAAUUUGCGAUAGAAUGGGAAAUCUAGCACAAUUCUCCUUCCACCAAUCCAACACUUGGAAGCUUGGGUUUGAAGGGUCCUCCGAUGGCUCCAGCAGCAUAGCUGUCGUGUUCAACCAAUAUUGCAGUUUCAGCAUCAAACUUUGGCUGAGUUGCAGAGAUAGACGCUUGUGCCGCCUCUGGAUCAUUUUCAGCAUACUCAACGAAGAGCUGCAGAAACAUGCUCUUUACUUCAUUCACCAUCGAACCCACCAAGGACUUGUCUUGCUGCAGUUUUGGGAAAAAAUAUUCCAUGUACAGCAGCUUGUACCUACAAAACAUAAAACAGUGUAAAACUGGAAAAAUAUUCCAUGUCCAGCAAUAUAUCAAGUACCAAAAUAAAAACCGUACCUUGGAUCCAACACCACAGCUAUCAAAAGGAUUUUGUUAAGCUC